GAAACUCCAAAGAAUGGAUAGCAAAGCUUUUCUAUCGUAUUUAAAUCUAAUGAAGUUUGACUUUUGUAUAAUUUUUUUCGCUUUUGCAGUUUUCCUCCAAAACAUGGUAGUUACUCAAUUGGUGGAGGAUAAAGCGUGCUUGAACCAUCUUCAAUUGAACCAAAGUUUUUGCUCCGAGUUUACAUCUUAUCCCGAAUCAAUUGAAACCCAAGAGAUAAUUCGCAUUGCCAAUUCGUUCAAAAGAUGGCAAUUUAAUCUCACUCAUAUGCCAUGCUUAUUGCUGUCCAUUUUUGUUGGCUAUUGGCUCGGAAAUUAUCCAAAGUAUUUCAAGUUCAUGGUUUUGUCAGCCUUUUUAGGAGGCAUUUGCUUGAUCCUCUUGUUGCUGGUCAAUCUUUUUGCUUUCGAAGCAUCUUGGUGGGCGAUAAUAUUUUCUUACAUUCCUAUUUCAUUGUCUGGUGGCAAUUUUUUGCUAUUCAGUGCCAUUUAUACUUCCAUUUCAUGGGGAACACCGAGUCAUUUGGUAAUUGUGCGAUUUUCCGUCAUUGAGUUUUUCGUUAAAACUGCAAUGCUGAGCUCUAGUUAUUCAAGUGGAACGAUUCUUGCAAUGGAACCAUGGAUUGGCGAUCAGCGGAAAAAUUUUGUUGGUGUUUUAUUGACUAGUUUAUCAUCGUACACACUCGGGCUUAUUUAUACAAUUGCGAUGAAACCCAGUUUUGUUGUUACCAAAAAUCCCGAGAAAGAUGAUGCUUCUUUCCCUCAAGUUAUCAAGGAUGUCUUCCGUUUAAUGCGAGCCAAAGAGUGUCUAGCAAUUUUUUCAGUUAAAAGGCCGAAUCAGGGUCGACUUCGACUAAUACUAUUGAUAACUUCAGGAGCCAUUUGUAAUGCGGCACUCAAUAGCGAAGACAGUAUUGCCUACCAGUUUGCUCAACGUGUUUAUGGACUGACUGAAAAGGCAUAUACUUCAAUGUUGACCCUUGUUUACAUACCACCGACAAUUGCUACUUCAACUGUACCUUCAUUACUCAGGUUGUUACAUCUUUCCGAUUCGAGUAUCGCUAUAUUUGGAUGCUCUUCAUUGUCUGCAUUUUUCGUCAUUAGAGGAAUAUUUUUGUCUGUUCGAGGUUACAUUGCUGGAUAUAUAAUUGGUUCAUGUGGACGAAUCUCCAGUGUUGCUAUUCGAAGUCUCAUUGUAGCUACUGUCGACUCGGCGGAAUCGGCACAAAUCUUUACUCUAUCAACUGCUCUUGAAACUUUUGUUGGGUUAGGAGCUACAUUUAUGUGCACUUCAGUGUUUAGCUUGACAAUUGCUCAUCAACCUGGAGCUGUGAUGCUUUUGGUUGGUACUAUUAUACUGUAUCCAUUAACCGUUAGUUUAUGGAUAAGAUUUGUUCAAAAUAAAAAGAUUAAAAUUGUAACUGAGACACAAAACGACGAAACCAAAUUGUGAGAUUCAAGUAAAUGUUUAAUUGUCUACUUCGUUUAGUCUCUUCCGCUUCGACUUUUUCCGUUUGCAUACUUUUCUACUUUUCCAUUGAUUAUUGUAGAACUGUCACUUUAUGUUAGUUUCUAGGUACAUUUAGCUACGAUUUGGAGCAUAAUUUUGUAUAACAGUUGAUAACAAAUGUCAUGCAUGAUAAUGGCAAAAGAAAGGUACAAUUUUGUUUCUGUUGAUUCAAACAAUUUAAUUCAAAAGAUCAUGCCUCAAC